CCCGCGAAAUAUUAAGUAAGGGGAAGUAAAGCAAUAUGGCCGCCCAGUAUCACAGCACUAUGGCGACUUUCUUGUCAGUUUCCUAAUUAUUGCCUUUUUUUAUAUGUUUUACACGAAUUUUUUAAGUCAGUGUAUAGUAAAUAGGUACAGUGUAUGUCAGUUUACGAUGUGAGGGUGGAAAUUAGUUAAUAUUCAAUUCGUCAGCAUAUAUACGCAAGCAGUGAUUAAGGUGAAAUAGGACCAAUACUGAAAAGGAAUACAGGUGCGUAUCGACAGUGCUAUACCAGGGGGGAAUGUGCCAUUUAGAUGUUAGUUGCAAAUCAUCAUACGGUGGAACGCUGCAACGGUGGUAUUAAGUGUGCAGUGAUCACGGGAGACCGAGAGAAGACGGGAAAGAGGGUGGUCAAUAUGACUCCUAUCUUCCUCGUCCUGUUGGUGGCUAUCGACCCGAUUAUCGCGCAGAAUGGUGGGAACAUCAGCGACUCGCAGUACAUCACAUACAUGACAAGUCCACCGACGAUCCUGGUGAGGCCACAAUCGCAGCAGGUGAAGGCAGGCGGGAUAGCGAGCUUCUACUGCACAGCGGAGGGAGCGCCACCGCCUCAGAUUCACUGGCGUAAAAACGGAAAGAGAGUUUCACAAUCUCAGUCACGGUAUCUGGUACACAACUACGAGAACGGAGCAUUGCUGCGGAUCGAGCCUGUGAGGCCGGUUCGAGACAACACGAUGUACGAGUGCCUAGCCGAGAAUGGAGUCGGCGACGCCGUGUCAGCGGAGGCGCAGCUCAGAGUCUACGAAGCCGAGAAAUUGCCAAACGGUUUCCCGUUGAUAUCUCAAGCGCCAACGACCAAGGUGGUCGAGAUGGGUCACAACGCGGUGCUGCUGUGCACGGCCGUCGGUUCACCGCCUCCGAUCAUAUCUUGGGUCAGGGAUAUGCUGCCGAUCGACACCACCAAUCCACGCUACACCGUUCUGGACACAGGAGCGUUGCAAAUCACCGGAUCCGACGUGAACGAUCAAGGAAAGUACGAGUGCGUGGCGAACAAUUCGGUGGGCACCGAGUACUCGAAAUCCGCCAUGCUCUACGUGAAAGUUCGACGCGUUGCGCCCAGUUUCUCCAUACCACCGCCCGCUGUCAGCGAAGUGAUGCUCGGCGCUUCUUUGAACUUGACCUGCGUCGCCGUCGGAUCCCCGAUGCCGUACGUGAAAUGGAAGAAAGGCCCGUCCUUGGAUCUCACCCCGGAGGACAAUCUUCCAGUCGGUAGAAACGUGUUGAUGCUCACCGACAUCAAGGAGACAGCCAACUAUACGUGCACCGCAGCCAGCGAUCUCGGCGUCAUAGAGGUUACGUCGAUGGUGAAAGUUCAAUCUCUGCCCGGGCCUGCGGAGAACGUUCAAGUGUCGGACAUCACGGCAACCUCCGUGAAGCUGACUUGGUCCUACAAAGAUCCGGACGAGGUCCAAUACUACGUGAUUCAACACAAGCCGAAGCACGUGAAUCAAGCGUUCGCCGAGAUAUCGGGCAUCACGACCAUGUACUAUCACGUGCGGAGCCUCAGCCCCUACACCGAAUACGAACUUUACGUGAUAGUGGUGAACGCGAUUGGGCGUGGUCCCCCGAGUGCCCCUGUGACGGUCACCACUGGAGAAACGA